CUGUAGUUUCACAAAGCCAAAACCGGCGCUGACAGUUCCUCUCAUAUGCACCAACAUGGCUGAUGAAAUGGCAAAAGCGCAGGUUGCCAAGCCCGGUGGAGACACUAUAUUUGGAAAAAUCAUAAGAAAAGAGAUUCCUGCCACCCUGCUCCAUGAAGAUGACUUGUGUAUUGCCUUCCCUGAUGUUUCACCUCAAGCUCCCACCCACAUCCUCGUCGUCCCUAAAAAGCCAAUCGUUCAGCUGUCACAAGCUGAGGAUAGUGAUGCUGCAUUGUUGGGCCACUUGAUGCUCGUUGCGAAGAAGUGUGCUAAAGAGGCGGGUCUGACUAAAGGCUACCGGAUUGUCGUGAAUGAUGGUCCGGAUGGAGGCCAGUCCGUCUACCACAUCCACAUCCACGUCCUGGGUGGACGUCCACUGGCAUGGCCCCCCGGCUAACCUCCCCCCCACACACAGAACAUCCUGCCAUCAGUGUUGUUUGUCUGUUGUUUAACAACCAGAAUAAACCAUGUGAAUUAAGAGUCAGACAAAACCUGGAAAUUCAUUCAUGAUAAUAAAGAGCACUUCACAAAAACAGAA